AUGUUGGUUGGAGAAUUAGGAUUUUCUAAUCGUGUUGAUACAUACGAAGCUCAUUCCAUAGAAGUGUGUGGAAUUAAUCGUGUCAUCACUAUAGAACGAAAUGGCUACGUCAUGUUUUGCUGUAAAUGCAUGGCACCUCUGAUACAGGUUAAACGAUGCAGGUUCGGCAAACCAGAGACAACCGGGUGUGUUUGCCCGAAUACAAUGCCAUUCAACAAAACUUUCACAGAGAAUGAGAUUUCCACAGUGGAUGAACAAUCAAAUACAAGUGUCAGGAACAACACUGAUUGUCCACCUAGCACAAGUAUCAGUGAUGAUGAUGAGGCCGAAGUAGAUAUCUUUGCCGAAAUUGAAAUUAAGUUGAGUGAAUUACAAAAAGAGUUACGAGAACUAAAAAAGUCUCCUCCAAUCAACUGUGAAUGUGUGUCAACUGCGGCAAUCGUUAUGAUUUGUCUAAUGUUAUUUAUUGGACCUUUUGUUGCGCUGAUAAGUUAUCAUCAUAUUUGCCAGCGGAUUAUACACAAGCCUCGCAAUCUUCCAGCUGUUCAUAAAUUGGAAUCUUCUGAUGCAGUAAGCUCUUCAGACGGAGAAGAUUUGCAGGAAGUCAUCUCCCAGAAUGGUCAACGUGGACAAGCAAAGAGAAGACUAGAUGAAGCCAGGAAACAAAUCAAGCCGAAACCGAAAUCAAAUAGAAGAGGCAGGAACUCACGCAGCUAUUAAACUGGAAUUAAAGCUUUAUAAAUGUCACCUACAAUGUUCAAAUAAAUAUGCCUAUGAGGAAUGAUAUCGCUCGGAUGUUCAAAUAACUUUCUACGCUGCACACCAACUUUGUAGCAAUAUUGGAGUUCGAAUUCAGAAUCGAUGAUUUAAAAAUUUUAUGAGUAUGUUUGUAUAUCAUUAGCCAAAAAUUUAGUUUAACCGAAAUUAAACCAAUGAUUUAAAAAUUUUAUGAGUAUGUUUGUAUUUCAUUAGUCAAAAAUUUAGUUUAACCGAAAUUAUUAAAUUACAACUAAAAUAUCAUGGCAUAUCAGCUGAGAUUCGGAAUGUGCACAUUUGACGACUGAUACAACUUUUAAAAACUGACAAUAUAUAUAGUGUCCAGUAAUUCUAUCGUAUUUUAAGCACAUCUGGAAAUUUCGAACCUGCAUCUUCAUCCAGUAUACAGUAAUUAACAGGUAUUGUAAAUAAAUUUUUAACUGCUAUAAUUCGCACUACCAGGAACAGCAUAUCGUCACGCUAAUAACCGAAUUGCGUAAGUCAUUUUUGGCGAUUUUGAGUUUUUUAUAUAAUAGGUAUUUAUGUAAUGCUGCGCAUCUGUCUGUUAACUCAG